GAAGUGAAUGAGACAACAAGAAAAUUCAGGAAAAUGAAACGUGAAGGACUCUGGUCUGAUCAAUUCCAUGUCUAUAGACUCAAUUGGACGCCAUAUGGAAUGAAAUUUUCUGUUGAUGGCGAAAGUUUUGGUGAAUGGCUUGGAAAUAAGAAUUCUCCCCUUCUUGAAGCAAAUGGACUUUCCCAAGAAUAUGGACCUGUCUCACCUUUCGAUCAGGAAUUUUACUUGCUUCUUGGAGUACACGUUGGUGGAUACCACGAUAUUCCAAAUGGGGCCGUGAGUGGCGAUCAACCAAAACCCUGGAGAAAUAGCGAUCCUAAGAGAGUGAUCGUCUUCUACAAUGAUCUCAAAAACUGGUAUAAGACCUGGAAUGAUGAUACGAAACUUCGAGUCGAGUACAUAAAAGUGUGGGCUUUAUGAGAAAUAGCUUUGUUUACGGGUAUUUGAUUAUUAGCCUAAUAUUUGGUAUCUAUCUUGACUGCACCAUGUUCACAAUAAUCAUCAUUGCAUGUUGUAUGACAUAGAUAACAGCAAAAACAGAUUAAUUAUUAUUAUUAUUAUUAAUGCACAUUGCAUUAGACUUGUAUGUUGUAGUCAACAAACAACAUGGAUACUUAACUUUGAUUUAGCAAUCGAUUUUUAACAUUUUUCACUGGAUUUCAUCAAGUUUCUGAAAAUUCAAAUUCAAUUGAAUACGAUUACUGACUUUCAUUUUGUGGAGAUAAUGUGUGAAGACAAUUAAUAAAAUUGUGAAAAAUAUAAUAUUAUGAUCUUACUAUCGUAUCUAAUAAAGCUUUUAAGUGAAAAAACACUCACAUUUUUUGAUUUGUGGCAAAAAUUGUGAGUGUUUUUCACUUAAAAGUUUUAUUAAAUACGAUAGUAAUAAUAAUAGUGAAAACAAGAUGGAUAACCAACAACGGAUAUUAUGAUCUUUCACAAUUCGAAAUAAUAUACCGUAGGUAGUGAAGACGAUAAUUUUAUGGUCUUGUCAUUGUAUGGAAAAGUUUGAUUGAAACGUUCUCCAAGAAUCAAGCAUUGAAGUUCAGUUUCAUGUUAAUAAUCAUUAGCCUAUAUAUUUUACUUAGAUCAUUUGAAUCUAGUGAUAUUUGGUAGUGAACAAACAGGACGAAAUCGAUCAAAAAUUGAUUAUAUCGAAUGAUAGUUGAAUAAUAGAGUAAAAGUUAUUGGUAAAACAGUAGGCUAUGUAUGUCAUUGUUCAAUAGCUAUUGAAUUAAAUACUGUUGCAAUAGAACUUUAUUAUAAGUAAUGAAGUAGUUCAAUAGCGCUACUUGAAUGUUUAAUUAUCAUAAAAAUUACUAGUACCUUUAUCAUAUUUUUAUGAUAUUCUUUUUUAUAAGAUUAAGCAUGAAUGGAUUUUCGUAGAAUUGAUUAAUGUAUUAUUUUAAAAUAGAGAUUAGUUCUCUUAUUUUUGAUGAAGGAGAAUCCCUAUAUUAAUAGAGACUAUUAUUGAAAUACCACUAUGAUGUUGAAUCCAGUCACAUUUUAUCGUCAGAAGUAAAUGAUCACUCGAAAUAACUUCAAAAAAUGAUGAAAUAAAAAAGAAAAGACUAAAAAAUUGGGCGAUUUGUAUGAAUGAAACGUAGAAACUUAUGUCUUUGGAGACACCUGGGAUUGAAUUGUACUGUAUGGAUACCAAAUGAAUAAUAAAGGAUAAAAAUAUGUUUGUUGAUGUACCUAGUGUGGUUUUACUGUGUAGCUUACAUAAAUACAUAAUGUAAUUACUACUAGAAAUUGAUCUUUGAUACCUGUACCAUUUACUCUCUUUCUAUAGAAAACAAGAGAUCUCUUCAAAAGAGACGAAUAGGCCUAUGAUUGUUAACAUCGAGAUAAAAUGUAUAACAUGUAUAUUAGACCUACUUUCAUUUUAAGAUGUAAAAGUCCAUGACAUUCCUUUUUUCACAUUAUAAACUCAUAUGUACCCUUAUCCUUAUGUACCUUAUUAAAAAUCUACCAAUAGAUAUGUUACUUUUUUGUAUCUUUAUUGGAUUACUUGUAGUUAGCCAUUGUCAUUUAAUUUACCAAGUUAAUAUAUUUAUCGUGAGAAAAGUUUUCUAGCUCAUUUGCUAUGUUGAUAGUGUGUCGAUUUGUAUAUUAUAGAAUCAACCAAUACUUCGUA